CAGUGAAGAGAGAGAAGAAGAUAGAUUUUGACUUCGUCUUCCCUGGUUGUAAAUGGCCGAAGGAGAGGAUGAUAUUGAUAAACUGUACGUUGUAUAUUUUAAUCAUGUCAAUGAAAUGGUCUAAGCCGACUGACAAUGACUCGCCGUAUACCCUUCUCCAUAUGUUUCCAAACUGCAAAACUCCAACGAGCCCUCAACACAUCACUCUCUUUUUUUCUCUCUCUCUCCGUUUUUUUAUAUUUCUGACUUGGCAAGAACGGGGACAAAAAAGAACGAGUGCAAGUCUUAGUCUUUCCUUCGGCUUUGGUUUGAUUCCUUUUUUCCUGUUCUCGGGUCUAAGACGUAGAGGUGGAUGCACAAUCUUUGGAGUCUCAGUCGGUCAGAGAACCAGUCUUUCUUGCAUUUGCACUGCAGAUUCAUUUCCUUUCUGUUUAGCUCGCUCUCUCUCUCUCUCUCUCUCUCUCUGUCGGUCGGUCUCUGGUUCUCUUUCUCUCUGCUGUUGAAUAUUGUUUGCUCUUUGAUAUUUCUAUCUAUAAAUACUCUCUUUAUAUUCUGAUUCUCUUCUGUAUAAUUCUUCAUAUUAUUGGAUCUCUCUCUGUACCUGUAUAUCUCUCUCUGUCUCUCACUUCACUUUCCUUUGCAUACUUCACUAAUUCGGUAAAUUUUUCCCUCUCCUUAUUGUAUCUGUUUCUGUCACACAUGCCCUUUUUGUUUAAUUCUGAGCUCUUUUAUCAGAGUGAUUAAGUUCUUCUUCUUCUUCAUCUUCUUUUUCAAUCUAUAUGUCACAUAAAGAAAUGAACAAUAUCGAUAGUAGAAGCUUUUCAGAGCUCAUGUCGGAACUGAUGGCGUAUGCCGACGAGGUUGUCUCUCUGUCAAAAGAGUCUGUCACCGAAAGAGAGACUUCCACUCAGUUUGCACUGCUGGUUGGGAAAUUUUCUCCAUUUCUCGAUGAACUAGGGGGCAAUAAUAAGUUCAUGGAGAGGUCAACGAUUCGAAAAGCAGUGGAAUCCCUUGAGAGAGAGCUUAAACUCUCGCAGGCCUUGAUCCAAAGUCCCAAUCCGACAUCUGUUAAGCGUGUGGAGGAAAUAAUUGAUAAUCUUGGGAGGUCGCUAGGCCUUUUGCUCUUUGCUAGUCUUGAACUAUGUGCAGAUUUUAAAGACAAGAUUGGGGAGCUUCAAAAGGAUUUGAUUAAUGCAAGGUUUACUCCGAAUUCGAGUCCAACUUCCAGUCGGAGAUCAGAGUUUGUUAGUGAGUUAAAAGUAGAGAGUGAAAUUAUUGAGGAGAGAAUUACUCUUGAUAUUGGUGAUGUUGCGUUGCAGCUUAAGUAUGGCAAUGAUGAAGAAUUUAAAUUUGCGGUUUGGGGAUUGAAUGAGUUGAUUGGAAGUGGAAACGUUAGUCAUGAAAUGAUCAGUGAAGAAGGGAUCAUUCCAAUUUUGUUUAAUCGUUUAGGUUCAAGCAAGCAGGACAAUAGAUCGACUGUAAUUCAAUUAAUACGAAGACUGGCUUCAGAGAGUGCUGACAACAAGGAGAAGGUGGCGGAUGCUGAGUAUUUAUCAAUGCUGGUGAAGUCUUUGACACGGGAUGUGGAAGAAAGGAGGGAGGCUGUGGGGCUGUUGCUAGAUCUCUCAGAUCUCACAGCAGUUAAGCGGCGCCUCGGCAGAAUUCAAGGUUGCAUUGUUAUGCUGGUUGCAAUGCUAAAUGGGGAUGAUCCUGUUGCUGCCCACAAUGCAGGGAAGCUGUUAAAUGCCCUUUCAAGUAAUACUCAGAAUGCGCUUCAUAUGGCCGAGGCCGGUUACUUCAAGCCAUUAGUGCAGUACCUGAAGGAAGGUUCUGACAUGAGUAAGAUUCUCAUGGCAACAGCACUCUCAAGAAUGGAGAUCACAGAUCAGUGUAGAGCUUCCCUUGGAGAAGAUGGGGCAAUUGAACCCCUUGUUAAGAUGUUCAAUUCAGGGAAACUAGAAUCUAAAUUGUCAGCUUUGAAUGCAUUGCAAAAUUUAUCUGUCUUGACAGAAAACAUCCAACGCUUGGUCCAUUCAGGCAUAGUGGUGCCUCUUCUUCAGCUUCUGUUUUCUGUGACUUCUGUGCUCAUGACUCUUCGGGAGCCAGCGUCAGCAAUUCUUGCAAGGAUAGCUCAGUCAGAAUCUAUUCUUGUUAACCAAGAUGUGGCUCAGCAGAUGCUCUCACUUUUAAAUCUUUCGAGUCCAGUAAUUCAGUGUCAUCUCUUACAAGCACUUAACAGCAUUUAUGCCCAUUCAAGUGCGGCCAAAGUUAGAAGAAAGAUGAAGGAAAGUGGUGCAAUUCAACUUCUACUACCCUUUCUGAUGGAAAGUAACACAAAAAUCAGGAGUGGGGCCUUAAAUUUGAUUUACACACUCUCUAAAGGUUUACCAGAAGAGUUAACCGAACAGCUUGGAGAAGCCCAUAUUCACAUCAUUGUCAAUAUCAUCUCAUCAUCAUCAACUUCCAAGAAUGAACAAGCUGCAGCCGUUGGCAUACUUAGCAAUCUUCCCAUUAGUGAUAAAAAAGCAACAGAUAUACUUAAGAAGGAAAAACUGCUGCCUAUUUUGGUCUCCAUUAUGAGUUCCAAUGCAACUUCAACACCCACAACAUGCUGGUUAAUGGAGAGUGUUGCAGGUGUAUUAAUCAGGUUCACAAACCCUUCUGAUAAGAAAUUACAGCACCUCGCCGUGGAACACGGGGUUAUUCCUCUGCUUGUGAAAUUGCUCUCAAGUGAGUCACCAAUUGCAAAAUGCAGAGCUGCUACCUCGCUUGCUCAGUUAUCACAAAAUACACUCUCUCUUAGAAAGUCAAGAAAGUCUAGAUGGUUGUGUGUUCCUCCUUCUGCAGACGCAUUUUGUGAAGUUCAUGAUGGCUACUGCUUUGUUAACAGCACAUUUUGUUUGGUCAAGGCAGGUGCUAUAUCCCCACUUGUCCAAAUAUUGGAAGGUAACGAUAGGCAAGCAGACGAAGCUGUGCUCAGUGCCCUUGCAACCCUCUUGCAAGAUGAGAUUUGGGAGAAUGGAAGCAAUUGCAUAGCAAAAAUGUCAGGCAUUCAAGCCAUCAUAAAAGUUUUAGAAUCAGGGAACGUAAAGGCUCAGGAGAAAGCACUAUGGAUAUUGGAGAGGAUUUUAAGGGUGGACGAAUGCAGAGAACAGCAUGAGGAAUCUGCUCAGGUGGUGCUUAUCGAUUUAGCACAGAAUGGGGAUCCUAGAUUAAAACCAACAGUUGCAAAAUUAUUGGCGCAGCUUGAGCUCUUGCAGACUCAGUCUAGUUACUUUUGAGACAAUCCAUUACAUGCAAGCUAGACUAUGCCUCGGAUUUUGUUUCAUAGAAAUUUCUUGUAAGUAGUCCUUCAUACAUUACAUUUUGUUCCUCACAGUACAUAUGAUGGAAGAGGAGUGUGGUGCCGUUAUUUGGCUAGAUUAUGGGUUUGCCAUUGGCAAUGCUGUUUAGGAAAAGUGAAUAUUCCCACUACCUGUUCUUUGUGA